AUGAAGUCCCAGUUGACAGCACUCCUGUCCCUCGCCCUACCCUUCGCAGCUAACGCAUAUUCCUAUGUCGGCUGCUACAGCGAUCCCGGAAGCCUGGAUUUCGAGGGCGGCUACACCUUCCAGUCUGACGGAUAUUGCACCGAGGUGUGCAGCAGACUGGAAAAGCCCGUCAUGGCGACGAACGCCGGCACCAAGUGCUUCUGUGGUGACGAGGUGCCUCCGUCAAGCGUGUCGGUGCCGAAAUCGAAAUGCAAUGUUGCAUGUGCUGGAUUCCCGAAUGUAAUGUGUGGCGGCGACCAUGCAUGGUCUGUGUAUGCGGAUGGUCCGCAACAGUCCGCGUCCAACAGCACUUCCACGACCACUACCGGUGCCUCGACUUCCGCGACAUCGGGCUCAACUAGCGUGCCCAAUACCGAGUCGGCUACUGGUACCUUGAGACCUUCGACCGCGAGUGUGUCUUCGGGCAGUGCUUCUGCCACGACGUCUACCUCCGGUGCCAGUCGGAGAUACGGUUUCUUUUAA